AGUGCUAUCCAUAGGGGCGACCUGGUGCUAGUCCGCUCAAUCGGCCUUUGUCGCCCUCAUCGAACGCCCUCGCCAUGCCCAUCACUUUGUACGGCCUCAACACCAGCCCCCCGGUGCGCGGGGUGCGUCUGGCCGCGAAGGCCAUGGGCAUCGAGUUCGACUGCAAGUCCGUCGACGUCCUGUUGGGGGAGGAAAUGAAACCAGAGUUUCUCAAGAUCAAUCCACAUCACACUGUGCCAACUAUCGUGGAUGGAGACUUUGUCCUUUGGGAUAGCCAUGCCAUCGUGACGUACCUCGGUGACAAGACCGGCAACGACGCCUGGUACCCCAAGGACAUCAAGAAGAGGGCCACCCUGCAGCAGCGCCUGCAUUACAACAACUCCGUCCUCUUCACGAGGUUCAGGGCCUACGUGGACCCCAUCUUCUAUAAGAACGACCUGGAUGUGCCACCGGAACGGAUCCAGAGGCUGCAAGACGCCUUGGACCUCAUGGAGCCCAUCAUCCACGAGGGGGGCUGGCUCGUCGGCGACCACCCCACCAUCGCGGACUGCUGCUGCGUCGCCAGUGUCUCCACCAUCGUGCAAGUACUCCCUCAGCUGACCUUGAAGCCGAAAGUGGCUGCCUGGCUGCGACGAUGUAAGAAGGAACUGCCUGGAUACAACGAGGUCAACGCCCCCUUCGCCAAUAAGGUCGCCGAGCAUGCAGCGAAGAUUCUUCGUGAGAAAUGGCGCAGUUGAAUCUCGUUUCGGUCAUUUUUCUCUCCUGACACAGUGGUUUUUAAGUAAAAACUUUGCAAUGUGUGUUGUGGAGCAGUAGGUAA